GACAACUGCGAUCACCUUCGGUUGUGUUUGUGGCUAGUCGAAGACAGACCCGUCCACAGAACUAACCAGCCAGAGUCCUUGUCCAUCAAAGCAGACACGUCCUCCAGGCGAACGGAAGAACAACAGGCUAUAGCCCUCCAACCCCUAAGGACUGACAUCUCCUUGCAAGUUCUGCACAAGCUGUAGCGCCCCCCAUGGCUGUGGAGGAGCUGGGCAUCACCCUGUCCAUGGUGGGCCUGGCAGGUACCAUCCUGAUCUGUGCCCUGCCCAUGUGGAAGGUUACAGCGUUCAUCGGCACCCACCUGGUGGUCAUGCAGGUGUUCUGGGAGGGCCUGUGGAUGACCUGUGUGUCUGAAACCACGGGACAAAUGCAGUGUAAAAUCUAUGAUGCUCUUCUAGACCUGUCCCCUGACCUCCAGGCGGCCAGGGGCCUCAUCGUCAUCAGCAUGGUACUGGGCUGCCUGGCAUUCCUUGUCUUCCUCCUGGGGGCUAGGUGUACCAACUGCCUGAGCCAUCCCAAGUUCAAAGCCAGCAUGGUGCAGGCCGCAGGGGUCACCUUCGCCCUGGCUGGGUUAAGCAUCAUAGUGGCUGUGUCCUGGACGGCCCAGUCAAUCAUUAGGGACUUCUAUAACCCGCGGGUCCCUGAGGUGCUCAAGAAAGAGAUGGGGGCGGCCAUCUAUGUGGGCUGGGUAACCUCUGGGUUCCUGUUCUGUGGAGGAGGGGUGCUGUGUACCAGCUGUCCUCCAGGGGGGAGAGAGGGCAGGCAUGGUUCCAGCAGUAGGUACACCCUGGCUAGGAUGCCCACUCACAGUCACAGCAGCUACGCCAUAAAGAACUAUGUGUGAGAGGGGAGUGCUUUAUUUGCCUUUUAACUUCAGGCAAAUAGUGUUGGCAGGUGUUGGCACUAUGAAGAAACAUGUCACAGCAAGUUUUUCCAUGACAACAUUGUUAUUUUGUACAUUGAAUGUCCAUGUCUGGUUAUUCAGUGUAUUGUCUGACUUUCAUAGAUUUAGAAUUGCCCUGGAACUAUUUGAUAGCUUGGUGGAAGUUUAAAAAAAUACGAUCAUGUUAAUUGAUUCUUGUUACAAAAUAAGUCUGACUUAGGUAAUUGUAGCUAUUAAAAUGUUCACUCUAUCACCAUGAAAUAUGGUUACUGAGGAAAUAUCUGUUAUUGAAAUAUAAUCACUGAAAAUCAAUAGGUUACUAAUAUUGACAGUACAACUACGUCAACUGAAUGAACCUGAUUGUUUUUAUAUCCCUGUAUUGUAAUUCACAUAUUUUCAUUUUUCCACAUCCUAUUCAACUGUGGUUACUACUUAUAAUGUGUUUUGUAACAAUGUUUAUCACAGUUACUUUUGUGAUUAGAAUCUGCAUGCUAAGAGAAUAGAGGCAGUACUUUAGCGGGCAACAAAUCAUGUUCGUUGAAUGAUUUGCAAUUUGAACUUAAUAGAAAUAAACAUUUUGGUUAGAAAUGA